AUGGAAAUAGCUGAGGAGGCGAUAUCGGCCGCUAAGGAGCAAUCAUCAUCGAUCCUUAAAGGAAAACGCACUAAGCGGCAGCGUCCGCUUUCCCCAAUCCCUUUCUCUAUCGUCCCUCCUAUGUCUUCGCAAGAACCAGAUGUCGAAGAAGAGUCCACUAGUCUUGUUUCCAAGGACAAGUGUCUCAAUGAUGAGAUGAUCAACAACAACAACAAGAAUGAUAACAACAUUUUGAUCAAUGGUGUGACAUCUUCAUCUUCUGCCUCUUCGUCUUCUAACAACAAUGAGACGUUAAAGGCCGCGGCUGACGAGGAAGACCAAGAUAUGGCUAAUUGUUUGAUCCUCCUCGCCCAAGGUCACCACAACCAUCAACAACCACAACAACAAACAAGACAACUUAUGAUCAGUUACCAAGAAUCCGGUAACAACAACAACAAUGCGUAUAGAUCUAGCAGCAGGAGGUUUCUAGAGACAUCUUCAUCUAACGGGACCACGACGAACGGCGGUGGAGGAAGAGCCGGUUACUAUGUUUACCAAUGCAAAACAUGUGACCGGACUUUUCCUUCUUUCCAAGCUCUUGGUGGCCAUAGAGCCAGCCACAAGAAGCCUAAAGCCGCCGCGGGUCUUCAUGACCUCAAGAAGUCUAUCUACGACGACGCCGUUUCUCUUCAACUCAACAAAGUCCUCACCACAACUCCUAACAACAAUAAUAACCAUAGAUCGCUUGUGGUAUACGGCAAAGCGAGUAAUAAUAAGGUCCAUGAAUGUGGGAUAUGUGGAGCCGAAUUCACAUCCGGACAAGCCUUAGGUGGUCACAUGAGACGUCAUAGAGGCGCAGUGGUGGCCGCAGCAGCCGCUUCUACCGCAACAGUAGCGGUUGCGGCUACUGCAAACACGGCUUUGUCAUUGUCACCUAUGUCGUUUGAUCCGAUGUCCGAUGGUCCGGUUCAGGCUCCGGUUAAAAAAGCGAGGAGUGCGGUUGUGUCGUUAGAUUUAGAUCUGAAUCUACCUGCCCCGGAAGAUGAGAAUCGAGUCAACGGAUUAAGCUUUGCUUCAAAGCAAGAACACGAACAAGAACAUGAACAAACACAACAGAAGACACAGAGAGAAGAACAAAAGUCUCUAGUUUUGUCUACUGCUCCUACAUUGGUGGAUUGCCAUUACUGA